CGCAGAGGCGCAGCAGGAGAGGCGGUUGCUGGGGGGUUGGAGGUGGGGGUGGAGUCCUCCACCUGCCCCCCCCUUCCUCCUCUGCCUUGGCACAGUGGGAUAUUUAUGGUGUCUCCAGCGCAUGCUUCUUGAGUUCACCUGUGAAAACCAAGCUGCCCUCUCAGAGCCUGAGCCCUAGUGAAGCUGGCAAUGACAAGUCUGAAUGGUCGCCAUGCCGAGAAAACCAUUGACAUGCCAAAACCAUCAGCCCCCAAAGUGCACGUGCAGAGGUCCGUGUCCCGAGACACCAUCGCCAUUCACUUCUCGGCAUCCGGGGAGGAGGAGGAGGAAGAGGAGGAGGAGUUCCGGGAGUAUCUCAAAGAGGGACUGGAUGACCAAAGCAUUGUAACGGGGCUUGAAGCCAAGGAGGACCUCUACCUUGAACCCCAAGGUUGUCAUGACCCCGUGGGCCCUGCCACCUCACCUAUCCUGGCAGAUGGACCGUCUGGGUUCCAGGCCCCUGCCAUUUUGCCCAUCUCUGAGAACACUGUAAAGCUGUUGGAGUGCCCUGCUCCGGCAGUGCAAGUAUUAAGUACAGUGCCAUUGGCUCUGUCCCCAGGGUCAUCUUCGUCAGGGCCCUUAGCUAGCUCUCCCAGUGUGUCGUCCCUUUCUGAGCAGAAAACCAGUUCUUCCUCCCCGUUGUCCUCUCCUUCCAAGUCUCCUGUCCUCUCAUCCAGUGCCUCAUCCUCCACCCUUUCCAGCGCAAAACCCUUCAUGAGCCUCGUAAAGUCCCUGUCGACUGAGGUGGAGCCAAAAGAAUCCUCACACCCCCCAAGGCACAGGCACUUGAUGAAGACAUUAGUCAAGUCUCUGUCCACGGACACUUCCAGGCAGGAGUCGGAAUCUGUGUCCUAUAAGCCCCCCGACUCCAAAUUGAACUUACACCUGUUCAAGCAGUUCACGCAGCCGCGAAACACAGGUGGAGACUCCAAAACUGCACCUUCUUCCCCGCUGACUUCUCCUUCUGAUACUCGCUCCUUUUUUAAAGUGCCCGAAAUGGAGGCGAAAAUCGAAGACACUAAACGACGCCUUUCAGAAGUCAUAUAUGAGCCUUUUCAGCUCCUUAGUAAAAUUAUAGGGGAAGAAAGUGGCAGCCAUAGGCCCAAAGCCUUAUCUUCAAGUGCUUCAGAACUCUCCAAUCUGUCCAGCUUGAACGGGCACUUGGAAAGCAAUAACAACUACAGCAUCAAGGAGGAGGAAUGUGACUCUGAGGGGGACGGUUACAGCAGUGACUCCAAUGUCCCCAGGAGCGACCUUCCAAAGACCACUGAAGAGCCUGCAAAAGAGGCAGAACUGCGAGUUUCCCAGACGAGCAGUCUGAAGGAUUUGGGCCUGAAGACCAGCUCACUGGUUCUUGAGAAGUGUUCUUUGUCUGCCUUAGUGAGCAAAGAAGACGAGGAGUUCUGUGAACUGUACACCGAGGACUUUGACCUGGAAACAGAGGGGGAGGGGAGAGCCGAUAAGCCCCCAGAUGUCGCUCUGCAGCCAGUGGUGCUUGCAGACGGUGGGGUGGCUCCAGACAGUGAGGACGAGGUGGACUUGGCCACGCAGCACCCAGAAUUGCCCAUGAAGACACUGGGCUUCUUUAUAAUGUGUGUCUAUGCGUACCUCAUCCUCCCCCUCCCCUACUAUAUGAGCGGCCUCUUUCUGGGAAUUGGCCUUGGAUUCAUGACUGCAAUUUGCAUGAUCUGGUUUUUUACACCACCAAGUGCUCAUAAAUGUCACAAGUCACAUAAACAUCUGCAACACUGGCACACAAGAUCACUGGACAUCAAAGAACCUGAAAUACUGAAGGGAUGGAUGAAUGAGAUUUGCAACUAUGAUCCAGAAACUUACCAUGCAACUCUGACACAUUCUGUCUUUGUUCGACUUGAGGGUGGAACCUUAAGACUUUCAAAGCCCAAUAAAAACAUAUCUAGGAGGGCGAGCUACAAUGAAACAAAGCCAGAGGUCACCUACAUCAGCCAGAAAAUCUUCGACCUCUCGGACAGCAAGAUUUAUCUUGUACCUAAAAGUUUGGCUCGCAAACGAAUCUGGAAUAAAAAGUACCCCAUUUGUAUUGAGCUUGGUCGGCAAGAUGACUUUAUGUCUAAGACUCACACAGAUAAGGAAACUUCCGAAGAGAAACCACCAGCUGAGAGAGAAGACCCUAAGGGAAGUGAUGACAUUAAGAAGCCACCCCACCCUCAAGAGGGAACAAAAUCUGGCCAGCGAGAUCAGAUACUAUAUCUGUUUGGAAGAACUGGCCGAGAAAAAGAGGAGUGGUUUAGGAGAUUUAUUCUGGCAUCUAAGCUGAAGUCCGACCUCAAGAAGCCAUCCAGUGUCUCUGGAAAUAAACAAGGGCUUUUGCCCUCCCACAGCAGACAUAGCAGUCCCUCGGGACACCUGACCCACAGCCGCAGUAGCAGCAAAGGCAGCGUGGAGGAGAUCAUGUCACAGCCAAAGCAGAAGGAGCUGGUGGGCAGUGUGCGGCAGAAGAUGCUUCUAGACUACAGUGUGUAUAUGGGCAGAUGUGUGCCGCAGGAGAGCCGAAGCCCCCACAGGAGCCCUGUGCAGAGUGCAGAAAGCAGCCCCACAGCUGGGAAAAAGUUGCCAGAGGCUCCACCCUCUGAGGAGGAAGAACAGGAAGCCUGGGUGAAUGCUUUGCUUGGAAGAAUAUUUUGGGACUUCUUGGGAGAGAAAUACUGGUCGGAUCUGGUGUCUAAGAAAAUUCAGAUGAAACUCAGCAAAAUAAAGCUCCCCUACUUUAUGAACGAGCUAACUCUGACAGAACUUGACAUGGGGAUGGCUGUGCCAAAAAUCCUUCAGGCCUUCAAGCCUUAUGUUGAUCAUCAAGGACUCUGGAUCGACUUGGAAAUGUCCUACAAUGGGUCCUUUCUGAUGACUCUUGAGACCAAAAUGAAUUUGACCAAACUAGGUAAAGAGCCUCUUGUUGAAGCCCUGAAGGUUGGAGAAAUUGGCAAAGAAGGUUGCAGGCCCAGGGCUUACUGUCUAGCCGACAGUGAUGAGGAAUCCUCUAGUGCUGGCUCCUCUGAUGAAGAUGAUGCACCAGAUCCCAGUGGGGGAGACAAACAGCUCCUCCCAGGGGCUGAGGGAUACGUUGGAGGUCAUCGAACGAGUAAGAUUAUGAGGUUUGUUGAUAAAAUCACCAAGUCAAAAUAUUUCCAAAAAGCAACAGAGACAGAGUUCAUUAAAAAGAAGAUUGAAGAAGUCUCCAAUACCCCCUUGCUGCUAACUGUUGAAGUACAAGAAUGUCGAGGAACCCUGGCGGUCAACAUUCCACCACCCCCAACAGACCGAAUAUGGUAUGGUUUCCGGAAGCCGCCCUAUGUGGAGCUGAAAGCUCGGCCAAAACUUGGAGAGAGAGAAGUGACUUUAGUUCAUGUGACAGACUGGAUAGAGAAGAAACUAGAGCAAGAGUUUCAGAAAGUUUUUGUCAUGCCAAACAUGGAUGAUGUUUAUAUUCCUAUAAUGCAUUCAGCCAUGGACCCUCGCUCUACUUCCUGCCUCCUGAAAGACCCGCCUGUGGAGGCUGCUGACCAGCUGUGAUGGGUGAAGAUGAGAUGUUCCCAGUAUUAUGAGACCUAGCUCCAGGUGUGGGGUUCGUGGCUGCCAUCUGUGCUGUGGUCCUGGCCUUUACUUGUGCCACAGCUGUUGUCUCUUCAAGGACUGCUUAUGCCCUCUGCCUGCUGGUGCCCAUUCCACUGUGAGGUGUCAUUCCCCGCAUCCGGUGACAGGUGUCUGGAUUGCCUGCUGCAAAGCUUUGAUUUGGCAAAGGAGAGCGGAAGAAACAUCAUGAUGGGUCCAGAAGUUAAGUGACUCACAUCGUGGCUUUUUUAAAAAGUCUACCAGUUUUUGUGGCAGCAAACAAGCACAUUCAGAGCAAAGCUGUUCAACUGGAAGGCUUCCCCUUGCCUCCUCAACUCCUCCAAAGCUUUUCCUCAGGCAGCUGAUGCACAAUGGAACUUUUUCACUCGACACUGUACACAAUUGCAGCCCUCCACAUUCCCAGAAUGUCAACAUGGUAUUGUGUGGAGUGGAAUUUUGUGAGCCAUUUCAUUGUUGGUAAAGAGACAGGCAUAGUAACUUUUUUUUCAUGAUUAUUGUGCAUUUUGGAAGCAAGUAGCCAUAGAAUACAUACACUAACACUUUCAGCUGGGGUGGAGACAGUGAGAUUUAUGUGAACGUUAUUAACGGCAAAGCCAUGAGAUCAAACCAUCCCAAGCCUUUACCAGUGAGGUACAAUCACCUUGCUUCUAAUCCUGAUUGUUUUCCUGAGACAUGAGCUUAUGUGACAAAGUCAAACAGUGCACAUAAUGACUGUAUCUCCCUAGUAUAGAUGGGGUGGGGCCAGAAAGCCAGAGCCAUGGUCUUUCCAUCUGGCAUUUCCUGUGUGCUCCAGAAAGCUUCAUUUAGGAAUCUGAAUGCUUUGUUAAUUUAAUUGGUCUGGGAGUUUUGUGGGCAGUUCCUUUCUCAUGGCCAAACAGAGAACUGCUGUAUAAUUAUUUUAAGAGUCAAGACCAAACAUUUGCUCAACAUCAAACACUACAUCUCAAAACAGACAUGUGACUUUUCUUCUUUAAUGUUGCCAACUUAAUUUUGUGCAUCUGUGUCAUAAUGUUUAGUUUACAAGUUUGGGGGCUAAUUGUAUAAUUUGCUUUGAGAAGUAAACUUAAUUCAAUUUAUUGUUUAAAGCUGCAUCCAAUGUCAAUUACCUUGGAUAACUUUUAAAACUCACAUCUGUGGACAAAGCUAAUAGUGGUUUUGUAAACAGCACCUUGCCUGAACAUGACUUUAAAGAAAUUAAUAUAUUGAAAAAAUGUAUUUGAACCCUUGAUUAUUGCACCAUUAAAACAUUUGACUUAAAUUAUUUGACCAUUCCACCCAGUGUACUGUUCUAAUUUCUCAUUGUGUAGGCUGAUUUACCUGUUAAGAGUCCGCAUAUCUUUUUCACUGGUCUGUAACUUUUGUGCAAUAACUAAAGGCAAAGGACUAGAUGCACUACUGUGUAGAGAUUACAGGACUGUACCCUAUUGCACUUAAAAAUAGUAUGUGGGGAUUUACAAUAGCUUGCAUUGUUUCACAAAAUAAACAUCUCAUGUCAAUACUA